CCCCGCCGCCCCACGGGCCAUGGUCCUCGGGCGGCCGCGGCUCCGCUGAGGCGGCGCUGGGGCUGCCGUCCCCGAGGGGGCCGCAUGUGCCCCCCGCCGGGCACCGAGGCAGGACGGAGGCGGAGGGAGAGGCCGCGGCCGCCCCGGCGGCGGGGCAGGCCGGCAGGCCCGAGCCCAGGCCCGGCCGGCGGGGCCGCAGCCGUGAGGAGGAGGAGGCGGCGAUGGAGGGCCUGGCCGGGUAUGUGUAUAAAGCGGCGAGCGAGGGGCGAGUGCUGACCCUGGCAGCGCUGCUGCUGAACCGCUCCGAGAGCGACAUCAAGUACCUGCUGGGGUACGUGAGCCAGCACGGCGGGCAGCGAUCCACGCCGCUCAUCAUCGCCGCCCGCAACGGGCACACCAAGGUGGUCCGUCUGCUCCUCGAGCACUACCGGGUGCAGACGCAGCAGACCGGCACGGUGCGCUUCGAUGGCUUUGUCAUCGAUGGAGCCACAGCUCUGUGGUGUGCAGCAGGAGCCGGCCACUUUGAAGUGGUGAAGCUGCUGGUGAGUCACGGAGCCAACGUGAACCACACGACAGUGACCAACUCGACUCCUCUGCGUGCCGCGUGUUUCGACGGCAGGUUGGACAUCGUGAAGUACCUGGUGGAGAACAACGCCAACAUCAGCAUCGCCAACAAGUACGAUAACACUUGCCUUAUGAUCGCGGCUUACAAGGGCCACACGGACGUGGUGAGGUACCUCCUGGAGCAGCAUGCUGACCCCAACGCCAUAGCCCACUGCGGUGCCACGGCAUUGCACUUCGCAGCCGAAGCCGGCCACUUGGAGAUAGUGAGGGAGCUGGUCAAGUGGAAGGCGGCGAUGAUGGUCAAUGGGCAUGGGAUGACCCCACUCAAAGUCGCUGCUGAGAGCUGCAAAGCUGACGUUGUAGAGCUGCUGCUUGCUCACUCUGACUGUGACCGGAGGAGCCGGAUUGAAGCUCUGGAGCUUUUGGGUGCCUCGUUUGCAAAUGACAGAGAAAACUAUGACAUAAUGAAGACUUACCACUAUUUAUAUUUAGCGAUGCUGGAGAGGUACCGAGACAGCGAGAAUAUCAUUGAGAAAGAAGUUCUUCCACAAAUUGAAGCUUAUGGGAACAGGACUGAAUGCAGGACUCCUCAGGAAUUAGAGUCUAUUAGGCAGGACAGAGAUGCCCUUCACAUGGAGGGUCUCAUUGUGCGGGAGAGAAUUCUGGGCUCGGACAAUAUUGACGUUUCUCACCCCAUUAUUUACCGUGGGGCUGUUUAUGCAGAUAACAUGGAGUUUGAACAGUGUAUCAAGCUAUGGCUCCAUGCAUUGCAUCUAAGGCAAAAGGGCAACAGGAACACUCAUAAAGACCUCCUGAGGUUUGCUCAAGUCUUUUCUCAGAUGAUACACUUGAACGAGCCCGUUAAAGCCAAGGACAUUGAGAGCGUUCUGAGGUGCAGCGUCCUGGAAAUAGAGCAAGGCAUGUCCCGCAUCAAAACCACCCAAGACUCCGACAUCCACACAGCCAUGGACAACUAUGAAUGCAACAUUUUUACCUUUCUCUACUUAGUCUGCAUCUCUACCAAGACCCAGUGCAGCGAAGAGAACCGGUCCCGCAUCAACAAGCAGAUUUAUAACCUGAUUCACCUCGACCCCAGGACGCGGGACGGCUCCAGUCUGCUGCACCACGCCGUCAAUUCCAGCACUCCGGUUGACGACUUCCACACCAAUGAUGUCUGCAGCUUUCCCAAUGCACUUGUCACCAGACUCUUGCUAGAUUGUGGUGCGGACGUGAAUGCUGUGGACAACGAAGGGAAUAGCCCUCUCCACAUCAUCGUCCAGUACCACCGGCCCAUCAGUGACUUCUUGACGUUGCAUUCCAUCAUCAUCAACCUGGUGGAGGCCGGUGCUCAUACUGACAUGACGAAUAAGCAGAAGAAAACCCCUCUUGAUAAAAGUACAACAGGGGUGUCGGAAAUACUCCUUAAAACUCAAAUGAAGCUGAGUCUCAAGUGCCUGGCUGCCCGAGCAGUACGGAUCUACAACAUCAGCUACCAAAACCAGAUCCCCAGGACUCUGGAAGAGUUUGUGAAGUUUCACUAGGCUACAUCCAACCUUUGUGCUGGUGCUAUCCCGGGACAACAUCAGUUGCAGACAGCAGAGUGCUUAUGUAUACCUGAAGUUGUUGUUUCUCGGUUCUUUUGGGUUCCUUGGAUUCCGUCUGUCUGCAGACCUUGGGGAGGGGGAAAGGAAAAAAGCCCCAUCCUUUUCCUGUGGUCAAGAGCUGAUGUUUGAGAUUCGAGUCGUUUCUUUUGAUUAAAAGAAUUGCUUCGUUAUCUCUUUGUGUUUCUAAACAGAAUGAAAAGAAUGCCAAUGUCACUUUGUGCAGAAUGUUUUUGUUUCCAGUGCACAUCUCCACUGAGGAGCUGCAGCUUUAGGUAUUAUUUAAAGCCCAUGUCACUGAGGCAGUGACUUUGUGAACUUUAAACCUUGGAGUGAGGUGGUAAAGAACAGUUGGAACGUGGUAGUUGGUUUAAGGUGAAGUCUGGAUGUACAGAGCAGUCCCUUGCUCUCAUACCUCACCAUCUCCUUAUGCCUUUCAGUUAAUGCUGAAGAUGGUAACGUUUAAUAAAAGGUAUUGUAUUUUUUAAGUUAAGUUUUGAAUAGCAGUUAUCAACAUACAGAUGUAUGGAAUGCUCUGUUAGGAAAUACAGGUUUAAAUUCAGCUACGAUGCAUUCGUGUCAUCAGAGUUGAAGUAUCAAGCUCUUCAUUUACACAACUGCAGUAAGUAUGGAGUAACUUUUGGAAGGAACUUGCACGGUGAACAAAACCAACCCGGGUCACGGUUUCUUUCUUUAUGUAGCUGAGUUGCUCAUCUCUAAAGAUCAUGCAUGGAUACCUAGAAAAUUGAUAAGGGUAUUUGUGUCUCUGUGUGUCCCAACAUUUCAAACUGCUUUUAACUUGGUUUUCUUCUGUUGUUUCAAUGAUCAACGUGCACCUUGAUCGACUCAAAGUCCGUAAAACUGCACUCUUGGAUUCCAAAUGCUGUAUCUUCCUAACGGAGUGGUCUGUCGCCAAAGAGAGUCUUCCUUGAAACUGCUUGAGCCUGGCUUUCCGGAUGAGCGGAGUCUGUGCCUCCUUGCGUUGGACUGGAGGAAUUGUUGUGAUUUUUACUCCUUUCAUUAUGAAAAUCUCUAUUGAAUCUGAUUUUUAAAAAAUUGUCCUAUCAUAAGGUCUUUUAUGAUAAGCAACUGAUUGUAUAACGAUGCCGUUGCUUGAGAGAGUACUUCUCCUUGGUAGAAGUCACAGAUGCUCCGGCAGUAAAAUGUCACUUGUUUUGACAGGCUACUGAAAACUCUGUUUCUGUUCAAUGCAGCUUUUUAACUGUCAGAUGAUGAAAGAAUGUUCUGUAGGGGUUUGUUUUUUUUAAGCAAUCCGGGGUAGAACUUCCUUCAAGGCGAGGUUUGGGCACACGUUUCUAUUUGUAUUACAAAGAAAUAAACCUUGAAUGUGGAAGAAUUA